AGUCGAACUCACCUAAAGUAACGGUCCAAAAACGGCACAAGCCUCGGUACACGGCUACACGGAAACGAUAGCAACUGCGGAAGUAAUCUACUCAACAGACGCUUUUCGAGACUUCGAGUAGCAAUAAUCACUAGUUACAACUAGGUACACUUUUCAGCGGCAAGCUGCUGUUUGUUGGAACUGUCUGGAGGCGUACAAGCCUCAAUCAAAAAAAUCUACAAUGCGACUUGUUAUUCUGGAGGACUAUGAUUUGGCUUGCGAAUGGGCAGCGAAAUAUAUUCGCAACAGAAUCGUCCAGUUUAAGCCCAAUGCAGACAAAUACUUUACUUUGGGGUUACCAACAGGUAGCACUCCAUAUGGCUGCUACAAAAAGUUGAUCGAGUAUCACAUGAGUGGGGACCUCUCUUUCAAAUAUGUGAAGACCUUCAACAUGGAUGAGUAUGUGGGUCUUCCUCGGGAUCAUCCUGAGAGCUACCACUCCUAUAUGUGGAACAAUUUCUUUAAACAUAUUGACAUCAAUCCUGCCAAUGCCCAUAUCCUUGAUGGCAACGCAACAGACCUGGUGGCAGAGUGUGAGGCCUUUGAGCAGAAGAUUUCCCAAGCAGGAGGAAUCGACCUGUUUGUAGGGGGGAUUGGACCUGAUGGCCACAUUGCCUUCAAUGAGCCAGGCUCAAGUCUCGUAUCCAGAACCAGAGUCAAGACUCUUGCCAAGGACACCAUAGUGGCCAACGCCCGUUUCUUUGGCAAUGACCUAUCCAAGGUCCCUACCAUGGCUUUAACAGUGGGUGUGGGUACUGUUAUGGAUGCCAGAGAGGUCAUGAUUGUCAUCACAGGUGCCCACAAAGCUUUUGCUUUGUAUAAAGCAAUAGAAGACGGUGUUAACCAUAUGUGGACUGUGUCAGCCUUUCAGCAGCACCCCCGUACCAUUUUUGUGUGUGACGAGGAUGCCACAUUGGAACUGCGAGUCAAAACGGUCAAGUACUUCAAAGGUCUGAUGCAUGUUCACAACAGACUGGUGGACCCAGUGCUCAGUAUAAAGGACCAGUGAGUGGAUGGUGAGACCAAGGCAGAUAUUUUGUACCUCAAAACGUAAGAUGCGUGAAUUCAGAUACUGUAAUUAUAACCAAGGUGGCUGUUUGGACAAUCCUGCGAUUCAGCUGUCAGUUGUGCUGGCUUCUGUACAUCUACUUCUGUACCCAGCAGUUGACUUAUGACUACUGUGUCAUUAUUGCAUUGGUUAGACUCUAGCUUGGUACGUUCUAUUAGGGUAUUACAAAAGCUUAUUCUGUGACUGCAUAUGGCAUGGCCAGAGUUGGCCAACCAAUCUCUGGAGGGCAAAGACACUAAUCAACCAAUCAUAGUUCUUAAGUGUUGAAUAUAUCAUGUCACAUGUUUGAAUGUAGCAAUUUAAUCCCGACACCUUGCCAAAGCAGAUAUCGGCUUGGAAGACUAAUAAACACAGAUAAGGUUUAAUAAGCAUCUGUUGUUCACAGGUGUUUCAAAAUGUCUAGUUAAAACCACUCAACCUAUUCCUUUCACUUAUUUGGUAUCAUUUUAUGGCACUAUGAUUGGUUUCCCAAUCUGUUUGUCAGGAAAUCAGAAACAUGUGAUGCUGGAAUGAUAAUUUUUAUAGUAUACUGUACACAAGCUACAAACAGCUGCAAAGAUUUUGCAGUCUCAUCAUUUUGGAACUAAAAUGUGUUUUCCCAAUAGUAGAGACUACAUAGAAGCAAAAGGAUUUCAAACAUAAAUAUAGCUUCAAGCAACUGUUGUUACGGGCUCCUCCAUAGGGGAAAAGGUGAAAUAAGGCUCACAUACCAAUGAGUAUUUGGUGAGGUUACAUAGAGAUUCUUGAAGCAAUCCAUCUGCCAGCUCAUUUAAUAUAGUUUCAAAAUAUUAGCCUACUUUCCAUCUUUUCGAUAAUCUUUUUGUGGUCAUGCUUCGGCUGUUUUUCUGCAGGCGUCAACAACGUAGAGUGCUCCUCAAUGUUAGCAAAUUUAAGUCACUAAAGGAAUGUGGCAUUGAUUUGUGUAUAACCUACCAUUUACUUAAAGAUGUUCACAGUAGAAAAAAAUCCAUCAUGGCAGACUUGAUGGACUUGAUGGAUGAAAAAUGUGCCACCUUUCAGAAAUGUAAGUUACAUGGGGUGGAAAGGCCAUCGUUUUGAAAAUGAAACUUGAAUGUGAACUGUAGCACCCCUUGUGGCUGGAUCUGGUUUUACUGUAUCGGUGUGCAAAAGUUUAUAAUUUUAGGUCAAGUAUUUUGGGAGUCAUUUGCCGUCUUUGGGCCAAAUUGUCUGUUACAAUGUUAUUUUCCUGUAAGUAGAUUCCUGUUUUUGUACAUUCCAUGUUCAGUCUUCUCAAUGCACCAAUUAUUUUCACACAAGUCUGUGCUUCAGCAGUUACUUAAUAGAUGUUGCAUACAACAUGCUAUCUUGUGACUAAUAAAGAUAAUUUUGAAGAGGA